AUGGGUGCGGUGAUUCCAGGAAAUGCUAUUGUGACAACUCUGCGGUCGGAGUCUCUGGAGGAGAGACAGCUGCAGUCGCUCGAGAAGCUGGUGCGGGCUAUGCCGGCAGAGAAGGAUCUUCAAAGAAAGGCGGACGGACGUGGCAUAGGCAUUCCAGCGCAGGCUAACUUUCCGUCUCCAGAGCUCGGUGCUGCUCGUCAGGCCCGCGCCCUGCGCAGCCUGCUUGAGGAUCUGAAGGCCGGGAGAAAGGUCGAGGCGUCUGCGGGCUGCCUUGCGGCUGCCGAGCCGAUCCCCGAGGAGCAGGAGGAGUCAGUGAGGCACGUGGCCUCCUUCCUGCGACUUGAUUCUCGAAGGCAGAAGCCCGAGGACGACGUCCGCUUACUUGCUGCUGAGGGCACGCUGUCGGAAGAGCUCUCCAAGUAUCCGGUGCUGGCGUGUGCAGAGGGCUCUGCGGUCUUCUUGCGCAGCUGGGGAGAAGAGGACGACCACGAAGAGAAUGAGCGCCGUCGACUGGCUGUGCUGGAACUCAGCCAGGCUGCCACGAACCUUCAAGAGAUCAUCGGGCUAAUGCCCAAACAGCUGGCUGCUGAUCAGGAGUCCUUGGAUGCAGCAGAGGCGCAGGUGGCACACACGAAAGACGUGACAGAGAAAACUGUCGUGAUUUUGGCGGAGGCCGCAGGCCACAAGCAGACGCAGUGGGUGCUACCAUCGCUGGCCAUAACUCUCGUGGGCGGUGCCGCCGUGCUGACCUGCCCUGCAGCAGCAGCUGCUCGAGGUAUGCUCCUUGUGGGCAGUUCGAUGGUUUCCUACAAAGCCCUCAGCACUAUACAGCACGCCGUCAUCACGCAGCUGAAGGAUCAGUUGCCCCGUGCGUUUGAGCCACUUCCGGAAGAGAAGGCCAAGAUGAUACGUGCUGGCAGUGAAGAAGCCCGUGACAGGCUGCAGCGAAAGCUUGACGAGUCCGGAAGGUGGAAGGAGGAGUCCCUGCUACAGCGAUUGCGCAAAGUCGACCUCUUAGCGCUUCGACGCGAGGUGCUGCAGACCUGCACCGUCCAUUAUGCAAAGUCUGAUGCGCGUGUGGAGGGGAAGGCUUACGCAGUCUCUUUCACCGUGGCUCUUCCCCCGGUGCAAGCUUUUCGUGUUCUGCAGCGCAACGUGACAGCUGGAUCUAUCGAUCCCGCAUGUAAGGUGAUGUGGUCGAGGCCUGUGGACUCCGAAGAUGGCUCUGUGCACUCCAUCCGCUAUUUGGCCUUUACAGAUUGGUUUGUGGGGCGCGACUUCUGCUGCACGUGCUUCUGUGGCAAAGUACCGAGGGAUGAUGGUGUGGAGUGCUAUGCCUUGGCGAUGACGUCCCUAGGCAAAGAUCUACUGGAUGCCGAGGGGCUGCCGAAACCAGAUCCAGGCCUCGGACGUGGACGAAUCUAUGUGAGCGGUGUGCGCUUCACUGCUGUGCCAGAGGGUACGAGGGUAGAGGUGAUGGCUGACACGGACCCUGAUGCACCACUCGGGUACCUUACCCGCAUCAUCGACAAGAGAGUCAGGAGUCACGCGUGUGACGUGGCUUUCCUGCUGCAGCGUGAGCUCAGUGCGGCAGGCCAUGGACAGGUCGCUUAG